AUGGACUGUAGGGAUGAUCAUGGCAAAGCCAAACAGUUGUCGGAAGAGCCUUCUCGGAAGAGAGCCUAUUCGUCUACUGAAAAAGGCAAAGGGAAAAUGCUGGAUACCAACGGCAACAACUAUAAACAGGCGAAACAACAGCAAAAUCCUGCUGUAAGCGGUGUUCAGUGCCAGGGUAAUUCGGAACCUUUGAUCAUAUCUUCCUCAUCAUCUAUGCUGCAGCAGCAGCAGACUCAAAGACCAUUACCUGCUGUCAAUUCUAGUAUCAGCUCCUGCAGGAUGGCACCGCCUGAACGUCAAUGCACGCAACAACUCUCCGAAAACAACCUUAAUCCUAAUGUUGUAAGAGAAAGUUAUCAAGAGUUGGCUAAUACUGGUAGCAGAGGACCUCUGCAUCAGUCUGAUGUAGCUACUGUCAGAGGCAGGGGUGAAAUCCUGUGUGAAGAGUACUUGUCGUUACGAGCAUGGGUGCAAAGAACAAGUUACUACUGGGAUAUUGUAAAAUGCAGUUUAAUCCUAGAUGGGUGGACUGAGGAGAUGACGGGGCGGACAUAUCUGAAUGUGAUUAUCGAUUGUCCACUAGGGGCGGUUUAUCUGAAAUCAAUUGAUGUGACAUUUGCUGUUAAUGAUGUUGAGGCGAUGAUGUCGGUUAUUGAGCGUCUUUUUCAUGAAUCAGAGUUUGGUUUGAGGCCGGAGUGUGUGCUCCAAGUUAUACCCUUCUCUGCAUCACCAUGGCUAGACGCGGUUGGAGAAAGACUUAAGGAAAAAUAUCCUUGGAUGUUCUGGUCUGUCAGCGCCACAUAUUGCCUGAGUCUGAUGCUAGAGAGGGUGGCCUCGACAAUAACCUGGGUGAGACAAACCAUUACGCAAGCCAAGAUGGUUACAAGGCUUAUUUACAGUGAUCCUCGUAUAUUGGACCUACUAAGAAAGGCUAGUAAUGGAGAAAUUGAUCAGAACUCUAACCUUGUGAAACCGGCUAAAAUUAAGGAAGCUACACCCUUUCUAACACUUGAGAAUAUGCUGCUUUGGAGAAAACAACUUGAGAACAUGCUAAUGUCACGAGAAUGGAAUGAUUCGAGCUUUGGAUCAUCGUUGGGAGGUAUUAGAGUCGCGGAGCUAGUGCUAAGGGACAGAACAUUCUGGACUAGAAUUAGUCUUUCUGUCAAAGGAACCAUGCCAAUAGUUAACCUCUUAGGCUUAAUCAAUGAUGGAAACAUUGAUGUUGAUAAGCCUCAAAUGGGUAAUCUAUAUGAAAGAAUGGAUAAAAUGAAGGAAAAAAUUAGGGGUGAUAUUGGUAUUAAGAAUUCUAACAAAUUUAUGCCUUUUUGGGUUAUAAUAGACCAGAUUUGGAACGAUAUGUUGCACUCCCCACUUCAUGCAGCAGGUUACUAUCUAAAUCCAAAGCUUUUUUACAGUAAUAAUUUUUUUGCUGAUGAAGAAGUAAAGGAUGGGAUUAGGGACACUAUACAAAAAAUUGUGGCUGAUGCACAAGCCCAAACAGCUAUUAUGAGCCAGCUCGAUACAUAUUAUGACGCCGAAGGAGAUUUCAAAAUAGGUUUGUUUGAAAGACACAAUGUCUCUCCAGUUGUUACUCUACGACGACAUGCAUUACAUGAUGUGGUUUACAUUGAUGCAGUUGAGUGGUGGAGGCGGUAUGGGAAUCAAUGCAAAGAGUUGCAAGAUUUUGCUAUAAUAGUCUUAGGGAUAUCAUGUAAUGGUGCUCCUACACCCCAUAAAUUUGGAAGAGAAGAUGUAGGGAGGCUGUUAUCAACAAGUGAAACCGAUCCAUCACAUCUAUGGUUAGUCCAAAAGUGUUUUGUAUCUUACAAUCGUCAUCUGAGGGAGCUCACAACUUCUGGUUUCAAGUUUAACAUUGAGGCUGAUGAGCCUCAUCCCGUCGAUGAUUGGAUAGUUGGUUACUACUAA